UAUCACUUGGCCUUUGUGAUUUCGCAUUACUAGUCACUGCUUACAAAUUUGGACUUGCAGUUUAUUGCGACAUAACUUUAUUAAUCCGUCGUGGAAUAUCAUUAAUAAUCAGUGCUUUAGAUUAUGCGACAUUUGAUUGCAGCAGGAGGACAACGCGGUGGUGUGAUUUCAGUGCGGGUGGUGUAAAGUAUGCACUGGUCCUAAUACCUAAAGUUCUGGGAUCCGCCUCUUUAAUAUACGCUCAUUAUAUGUGCGACGUUCGUGCGUGAGUUUCGCAAACAUAUGAACAGUGCUUCUCACGCGAUCUACUUUUUUAUCCGCUCAGAACACUGACUGCAACUAUGGCAGAUAAGACGGUGCUGAUUGUUUAUGCCCACCAGAGUCCCAAGUCUUUUAACUGUGCAGCAAAAGAUGCGGCUGUACAGGUUUUCACUGAUCUGGGCUGUAAGGUGAUCGUGUCGGAUCUCUAUGCCAUGAAAUUCCGAGCUGUAGGAACAGCAGAUGAUAUUAAAGGUAAGCUGAAGAACCCUGAACAUUUCCUGUACAAUGAGGAGACCAUGGUGGCCUGGAAGGAGGGCAGACUGAGUGACGACAUCAAGGAAGAGCACCGUAAAUUGGAGCAGGCAGACCUUGUCAUCUUCCAGUUUCCACUUUACUGGUUCAGUGUCCCUGCUAUAAUGAAAGGCUGGAUUGACAGAGUGCUGACUCAGGGAUUCGCAUUCUCUCUACAGAACCUCUAUGACAAUGGCAUGUUUAAGAAUAAAAAGGCCAUGUUGUCAUUCACUACUGGAGGAAUGGAAUCGAUGUACCUGCCAGAUGGAAUAAAUGGAGACAUCAAUGUUUUACUUUGGCCCUUACAGAAUGGAGUUCUGCGCUUCUGUGGCUUUCAGGUUCUGGCCCCACAGAUCUUCUGGAGUAUUGCACACACUCCCCCUGAUGCGAGAGCAGCCUUAUUGGAGGCAUGGAAGACCAGGCUACAAGGACUGCUGAAUGAAAAGCCAUUGUCUUUUGCUCACACUGAGCUGUUUGAUCUCAACUUCCAGGGAGGGUUUAGACUCCGGGCAGAUGUGAAGGAAGAGUGUGCCUCUAAGCCAUAUGGCCUAACCACAGCACACCACCUGGGAAAACCACUUCCUCCAAACAACCAGACAAAGGCUGAAUAAAAAUCCACCAGUGCUGUCUGAUUUAACAAACCCCUGGAGAUAUGCGAGUCAUAAAUCUGUGGGCUUGAAGAAUGUACAACAAUUAACCUGAAAUAUCAAUAUUUUUUAAUAUAUUAUUUGAAACUGA